AACGCGAUACAUUUCUAUCUUCACCAGUCUGAAUUUUGCGCACCACUGCUCCUCUUGGCUGAGUACAUGCAUUUCCUAUUACAACAAGGCGGACCAGAGCAGAAGAUAACCAUUGAAGCUUGUGGAUUAUUUAUCUAGUUUUCACAUUCUGGAGAAUUUCGAGAAAAUCUGUGUGCUGAUCUCACUAGUUUGUGACUGGGUUGAGCUGUUUCAGCGGUUUACAUUCGCUCUAUGGUUGAGACGCCGUCGUGUUGUUUUCAUCAAGAUCAAGAAUACUGACUGCAUAUUUUAAUUGAAGCGAAUGUAGAUUGCAGCUGUCUCUGGCAUCUAUUCCAUCCACGCGCUGGCUGCCUCUGCGUUCUAUCAAUAGGGAUGCAUCUAUUGACAUUUAGUUCCAUUUGAUAGGUAUUUGUGUAUGUGAUGGUAGCGUCUGGUGUGUGAGGCCUGUAAGAGGAGACCCACUGCCUCCUCCCCUUCAGGAUGUCUGAACCCCAGACACCAACAUGGCCUCAGGGCACAGAGUGUGUGGCCAAAUACAACUUUAAGGGCACCACAGAGCAGGACCUGCCCUUCAACAAAGGAGAUGUCUUAACCAUUAUCGUGGUGACUAAGGACCCUAACUGGUACAAAGCCAAGAACACAGCAGGUCGAGAAGGCACCAUCCCAGCUAACUAUGUCCAGAAGAGGGAAGGGGUGAAGCAAGGGGGCAAGCUGAGUCUAAUGCCAUGGUUCCAUGGUAAGAUAACUAGGGAGCAGGCUGAGAGUCUCCUGAUCCCCCCAGAGAUGGGCCUGUACCUGGUGAGGGAGAGCACCAACUACCCUGGGGACUAUACUCUGUGUGUGAGUUGCGACGGCAAGGUGGAGCAUUACCGCAUUGUCUACAAGGAGGGAAAGCUCAGCAUCGACGAGGAGGCGUUCUUCGAGAACCUCAUGCAGCUUGUAGAGCACUAUACCAAAGAUGCAGACGGUCUCUGCACCAAACUGAUCAAGCCGAAGCUGGAGGAGGGUACUGUGGCAGCCCAGGAUGAGUUCUCCAGGAGCGGCUGGGCUCUCAACAGGAAGGAACUCAAUAUCCACCAGUCUAUAGGGAAAGGAGAGUUUGGAGAUGUGAAGGUAGGAGACUACAGAGGGACCAAAGUAGCGGUGAAGUGUAUCAAACACGAUGCUACAGCACAGGCCUUCAUCGCUGAAGCUUCAGUCAUGACGCAACUGAGACACAAUAACCUGGUCCAGUUGCUAGGUGUCAUCGUUGAGGAGAAGGGAAGCCUGUUUAUCGUCACUGAGUACAUGGCCAAGGGCAGUCUAGUGGACUACCUACGCUCCAGAGGUCGGACAGUGCUGGGUGGGGAUUCCCUACUCAAGUUCUCAGUUGACGUGUGUGAGGCCAUGGAGUAUCUGGAGGCCAAUAACUUUAUCCACAGAGACCUGGCGGCCCGUAACGUUCUGGUGUCAGACGACAACAUCGCCAAGGUCAGCGACUUCGGCCUGACCAAGGAGGCCUCGUCUAAUCAGGACACGGCCAAACUGCCCAUCAAGUGGACCUCACCAGAGGCCCUGAGGGAAAAGAAAUUCUCCACCAAGUCAGACGUGUGGAGCUAUGGGAUCUUGCUGUGGGAGAUCUACUCCUUUGGACGAGUGCCUUACCCCAGAAUUCCUCUAAAGGACGUGGUACCACGCGUAGAGAAGGGUUACAAGAUGGAUGCCCCAGACGGUUGUCCUGAGGUGGUGUAUGAGGUCAUGAAGCAGUGCUGGACCCUGGACCCCCUGGUGCGGCCAUGCUUUAGAGUCCUCAGGGAGAAACUGCAGCAUAUCCUAGCCAAGGAGCUCUACCUGUGAUGGAAUAGGAAGAGGAGGUGAAAGGGGAAGUGGACAAGGAUGGCUGUCCUUUCAUUGAGGGAAGAGGGGGAUGGAGAGGGAGGACAACAGAGAGAAGUAGGACGGACAAGGAUUGCUCUUCUUUCAUGAUGGGCCAAAGCCUGACAUUAUCAAGACCUCAGAGAUCCUCCUUCCUCUCUUAUAAAAAAUAAUAAUAAUUGAUUCCCAUCAGAUUGUGUUAAAGUUCACUUGUUUUAUAAUUUCUCAUUCUGUUGAAAUGUUGUUGCCACAUGUUCUACAGUACAUUAGUGGUUGUAUCUGUCUGAUCGACUACAGUGUGUACUCCAGUGUCCAACAAACCCACCCUGGCCUGUUGUGAGGUACUAUACUUCUUUCACACUAUCGUGCCGACCAUAACCAUACCGUGCUGGCUUCAAUAUUUUCUUUUCACAUGGUCCUUUCCAGCACAGUUACAGGAAAUUUGACGUCUACGUAGCCAGGCCGGUGCAGUUUAUCUCGGCUUGUGUGAAUCAACCCCAAGUCAGGUAAUACACUUCCCAUGUCCCUGCUCUCUACCCAUACAGUGUAAGAUAGUAUUUAACUGGGGUAACAAUCUGUGCCAAAAUGCCUCCAGAACACAGGGCUAUCCCCACAGAUACUUCACGCCUCCUCUACACGCUUGCCUUUUUAUUUCAAUUUUUGAAUGUUUCUUUUAUGUUUUAUACAUUUGUUUAUUUUCGUUACACAUCCUCCUGUCUUAUGGACAUAAGUGUUUAUCUGAUAUUUAUCAAACUGGAAAGCAGGAUAAAUCCUCCACGAAAAAGUGACUGAAUUCAACAUUUCAGGACGACGUGCAACAUGAGGGAGAGAUUGAGAUUGCAUGGAUACAGAGGGAAAAGAAGAAGUGAUUCUGGAGAGAAAAAAGUUUUGUAACAGAUAAACUAAGGGCAAGUGUAUGGAAAUCAAAUGUACGUGUGAAAACAGUUUGGAUAUGAAAGCUGAAGGGAACCAUGCAUGUGGAACGAGAAGCCUUUUUUCUACUGUUAAAGUUUUACUUCUCUGCCAUUAUAAUGAUUAAAUCAUUCCAUUUGAAAAAGUU